GACGUCAUGACGCUACUUCCGCAUUUCCGUUAAAACCAGAAUUCUGCUGUAAACGAAAGUAGUGUGUUCUGUGUCCAUGCGAUUUGAAUUUCGUCUAGGUUUCCCCUUGUCAGUCGCUAAUCAAAGAUGUCUAAGCCGAAAUUAAUAGUGUUCGACCUCGAUUACACCCUCUGGCCAUUCUGGAUCGACACCCACGUUGAUGCACCUUUUCACAUCGAUGACAGCGGCACAGUACGGGAUUCAAGAUUUGCCAAGGUUCCCAUUUAUCACGAUACUAAAGAGAUCCUGAGCUCACUCCAUAGUCAGGGGUUCAAGAUAGGCAUUGCAUCGCGAACCGGUGAGACGGAAGGAGCCAAUCAGCUGCUGUCACUCUAUAAACUUGACCAAUACAUUUCCUUCAAGGAGAUCUACCCCGGUUCAAAGGUCACUCAUUUUAAAAGGCUGAAAGCUGACAGUGGCGUCCAGUUUUCUGACAUGAUGUUCUUUGAUGAUGAGGAUAGGAACAUCUUGGAGGUUGGCAAGCUGGGUGUUCACUGUGUGAUGGUUCGUAAUGCCAUCACCUGGGAUCUAGUCAAAAAAGCACUUGAGCAGUUCAGCAAAAAGGAGUGAAGGCGUCUGGUUCUGUGGAGAUGCAGCUGCUGCAAAUGAAGAAGAAUCCAUUUGCUUUGCAAAAAACCUGACAUGUAUAGAGGACAUGUCAUUUUUAGUGGUUAUUUCUGUGCAAUCAACUGUUUUUAACUUAACUGACUAUAGCAAUUGGCGAAUACUUAUAAUUAUGUUUUAACGUUUAAAUAGAUUAUUAUUUAGCUCCAUUUUAAAACAUUAAAUUAAGCUUCUUUUUGUUGGUAAUUUGAGAUGCAAUUUAUUUAUAUUUUAUUUUUAUUGUUCCUUUAUUUAAGUGACACACCUUUUAGUCUUCCAAAAAAAUGCAGCUUUGCUUAUUUAUUUUUUUAUCUAAUGAAGACUUUUAAGUUGAAUGGAACUAAACACAGCACGCACAAAUUGUAAAACAAAAAGGUCAGUGUUUUAAUUGUUACUGUAUGUGACAGAUUUUCUGUACAGAGACUACAAUGGAAAAAUAGUUUUAUAUUUAUACCGUUUAUAAAACAUGUUUGCCAUUUU